UGUGAAAUGAAAUGACACAUUUGAUACAUUAAUUGAAAUUUAAGAAUUUGAAAAUUGUUAUCUAAAGGUUAUUAAGUAUUGAUUGUAAAGUUUCCAUACACAAUGGAACAAAUAGUCAUUAAAAAAGAACCUGAAGAACUAGUUGACGAUUCCAAAGGGGAUAUUUCAAUGAAUUAUGAUGAAUUGAGUACUGCUGCUGACCAAAAAACGAUUUUAACCUCUGGAAUAGCAAUAAAACAAGAAAUUAAAGAGGAAUUGGAUGAUUUUAAAGCAUUGCUUGAAAUAGGAUCUGAAUUCAAUAGUGAUGAUGAAAGGGGAGAUUUAUGUAGCAAUGUUAAGGAAGAAGAAAUGGACUGUGAAUUUUUUGAGGAAGUUGAUACAGAAUUCUUUAACAAUGAAGAUAAUGAAGAAAAAGUUGAGGAUAAAGCCAUGAGCGAGAUAAAAAUCGAGGUGGAAUAUCAUGGGGUUCAAAGUGAUAAAUCAGGGAUUAUGUUUAAUACUAUCAAAGCCGCCGAAGUUAAAGAAAGAUUAAAGAAGAUGAAAGAAGAAAGUUUGGAGAGAAAUAAAAAACAGCAAGAAGAAAAAUAUGAAAGGAAAAAAAGACUGCAACGGGAAAAGUAUUGGCGCAAAAAAACGGAGGGUGCUUUGCAGUGCCCAGAAGAGGGAAAACCUAAAAUAAGGCAGCCAGGAGGAAAGACUGAAAGUACGACCAGUAAAACAGAAGUUAAAAAAACACGAAACAAUAUUGAUAGGAAAAGAGCCCUAAAUAGAGAAAGACAACGUCGAUAUAUUGAGAAGAUCAAAAGUAACGAAGAACUUGAGCAAAUUUAUAAAGACCAGCAAAAAGAAAAAUAUAAAAAACGAAAGGCAGCAGGAAAAAUUAUAUCAAUAGAGAAACUAACCCCUCGUCAAAAAAAAUAUCAGAGGGAAAAGUGGAAAGAGGUAAAACAGAAAUAUAGGCAACAAAAAAGACAUCUAAAUCAGGUAAUUGAAAACACACCACCCAGCACUCCUCCAAACAGUCGACCUACUACUCCAAUUUUGCAAAUCGCGCCCGAAUGAAAUAUUCGUAAGACGACUAAUAAGGAGAUCCUAUACAAAUUACUAGAAUUUGUACCAAAAUCCCAAGUUCCAAAGAAGUAAACAAGAAAUGUGAGAAGAUCAAGCUAAAUCCAAUCGAGAGAUAAUGUUAUUAAAGAAAAACCUGUCACAGUCAAAGGCUAAAUACGCUAAUUUGCUUUAGUGAUAAAUCCACUUUUUUUCUAAAUGGUACUGUUAAUAGACAAAAUGUACCCUACUGGUCAGAUGUUAAUCCACAUUUUUUUCGAGAAGGUCACACCCAGUAUCCGCAAAAAGUUAAUGUGUGGGCGGGAAUACUGGGAAACCACAUCCUAGGCCCCAUCUUUUUGGAACAAAAUUUGACAGGUAUUCUGUAUCUUAACAUGCUUCAAACUCAAAUUCAACCAAUGAUUGAGGAAAUAAUCAAUACCUAUCCUGAUGAAUUUGACAGAGAAGUCAUAUUUCAGCAGGAUGGAGCGCCCCCACAUUAUUUUAGGGAUGUUAGACAAUGGCUUGAUAACAGUUACCCAAAUCGGUGGAUUGGUAGGCGUGGUCCUACCGAAUGGCCGGCUCGUUCUCCCGAUUUAACGCCACUUGACUUUUUUUGUGGG